UUUUGAGAAAUGUUUGAUUCUAUUUUUGACCCUGAGAAGAGUGCAGAGAAGAUGAUGAAUAAUAUAGUGACUCCCAGAAGGAAUUCAUAUAUUUGUAGUAGCACGAGUAAAUUAUAAAGCAAAAGAAUAAGUACCCUUUGCCAUUGGAUAACGUGAAAAUGGCUUUUAGGGAGGAUUUGAAGAAGGGGUUUUAUCAGGAUUCGCCGAUAAUGAUCAGGCCAGAGUAUUUGUGUACACUCAGGGAGAGUAUUAAGACGAUGGAGUCUGAAGGAAAACCUCUUAAUAUCAAACUGAACCAGACACCUAAGAUAAAAUAAACGGCCUCAAACUGCUAAGGCCAUGAGAAAGUCGAUGAAACCAUCAGUAAGAAAAGUGAAACUAAGUGUUGAGCAAAGGAACAUCAUAAAUGCAGCUAAGAAAAAUAUUUUCUCCUAUUUCAAAAGAGUCUGUUCUAAAUAAAAGAUUUAAAAGCAACGAAGGAAUUGUUCAAAAGCAGCCAACUUUGAGCGUCAGCCAGAUCCACAACUUAAAAAUGAACUCAAAACUUCCUGGGUCAGAGAAGAUCAAAAAGGCUUUAGAGUCUAAUUCCAAACCAACUAGGAAGUCUUUUGGAGGAGCUCAAGAGGAGCCAAAGGCCAAAACUUUCAGUGUCAAAGACGAGCUGGGCAAUACAGCACUUUACUAUGCAGUCGAUGGUGGCUUCUUUGAAAGUGUUGACCUCAUUCUCAAAACAGGCGUUAAUAUUAACAUUAGGAAUGAAGACGGCAAUACAUGCUUACAUAAAGCAAUGAUAAGAGACAAUGAAAGGAUGAUUAAUUACCUCGUUGCUAGAGGAGCGAAUAUUCAUGCUUUGAAUAAUUAUAAGCAAACACCACUUUUUUAUGCAUCUAAUUAUAUUUUGAAAUAAGUAUGGAUAUCUUCAGCAAUUAGCUGUAAUAGACAGGGAGAAGCGUCCUGAGAAAAGAAAAACUCCCAAGAUCAUGAAGCAAUACCUAAAAGAGUUAAAGACCAAACUUGGGGAUAAGAAAAGUGGAAGAGGGACAAGAACACUUAGAAUUCGCCUUACUAAAUCCUUCGCUCAAUCCAAAAACCCUAAGUCUCUUAAGAGGGCCAAAAAGAAAAGCAGACAGAUGAGUACGAUCGAUAUCAGGCAAGCAAAUUAUCAGCCAAAACUUCAUAUUAAGAAACCAAAAAAAAAGAAACUUAAAGGAUUCAAAAUGACCCAAGGAGGGCAAAUAGGUCCCAUAAAUAUUAAAUUGUAGCCCUUUUCAAUA